AUUCGUCCAUCUUCCUCCCUCACGGCUCACUCCCUCGCUCUCACAGAACUCACAACAGAAAUCGAUUUAGUUCACGAUUCACGAAUCGAAAUCGCAAUCGGCCUUCACACACUUGAAAGGUGACACAAUCGGCUCUCACUCUCUGCCUCUCUCGACUAUCGACUGCCGUCUGCGGCUGCCUCUCUCGUCGCUCUCGACUAUCGCCUGCUCACUGCCGUCGCCCGUCUGCCUCUCUCUUGUGAGUUGUGACUUGUGAGGGAGAUAAAACCAAUUAUGAAGGAUGCAUAAGUCAUGGACCAUGGGGUGGAUUUCAUGGACGUGUUAGCACACACUUUGAUGCUAUUGGGAUAUAUGUGAUGCCUGAAUCACUUGCACUUGGUCGAAACUCUACAACUAAAGACAAUUCCAUGCAUAAUUUAACACUUCCUACUGAAAGGAGCUUGAGUUGAACUCUGGGUUGUUGAUAACCAAACAUGCAUAUAAACUGGUAAGAGUUUUAUGUGCAAUCUGGAAGAUUAUUACCUCAUUUUGGUCUGUUUAGGGCAUAGUCAAUCCUCUAUUAAGUAUUUAUAAUUCUCAUGGAAUUCCUUGGGAUGCUUUAUUUUUCAAUUUUUUACAGAUAUAUCUAAAUGGCAUGGUCACUGGUGAGAGCAUCCAUGUUUGAUCUUUGCUUUAUCCGUAGUAGCUCAAGUCUUGUUCAUCUGGCUCCGAUUUACAUGCAUCCUGCCUUAAUGCCUAUAUGUGGGAAAGAAUUUGACAGCCACAAUGGCAGCAGGGCUUUUCUUUCAUAUGUAUUCUGUAAAGGGCCCUUGAAUGUUCAUCUGAGAUAUCUCUGCAGUCGUGCAAAGCCCAGAUGGUUGCGUUGCGAAGAAUCUUCUCAUGACAUUUUGCUUAAAGAGCUUGAAAGUUGUUUAAAGAAUCAUCAAGUGGAUGAAGCAUGGGAAGCAUACACAGAUUUUAAGAGACUUUAUGGUUUACCAGAUGACCGUUUAUUGAGAAGGUUUAUAACAGAAUUGUCCUACUCAUCUGAAGCCAAAUAUCUUCAGAGGGCAUGUGAUAUAAUCCUUUUACUUUCCAAAAAAAAAUCAAACCUGCUUCACCUAGACCUGCUGCGCAACCUCUCACUCUGCUUAGCAAGAGCACAGAUGUCCAUUCCUGCAUCCAUGAUUCUUAGGAUAAUGAUUGAGAAAGGGAAUAUUCCACCAAGUAACUUGUUAGGGACGUUUGUUCUUCAUAUGGUCAAGAAAGAGAUUGGCACGUAUCUUGCAUCAAACAUAUUGAUCCAGAUUUGCGAUCAGUUUCAGUGCUUGGGUUCCAACAGAUCCAUGCAUGCAGAUCUGAUGAAACCUGAUACUAUAAUUUUUAACCUUGUACUUGAUGCUUGCGCAAGUUAUAACUUAUCUUUCAAGGCUCAGCAAAUCAUAGAGUGUAUGUCACAAAUAGGGGUGGUAGCUGAUGCACAUACUAUCAUAGCUAUUGCCCGGAUCUAUGAAAUUAAUGGUCAGAGGGACGAGUUAAAGAAGUUUAAACAUUGUGUUGAUCAGGUCGUAGUUUAUUGGGCUCAUCACUAUUUCCAGUUUUACGACAGUCUUAUGAGCUUACAUUUCAAAUUUAACGAUAUUGAUUCUGCCUCCAGACUCAUAUUGGAUAUUAUCAAUUUCAGGGGAACUCUUCCCCAUUUGGCAGAGAGGAAGGGAUUGCAUAAACCUUUCCUCAUCCCCCUUGGAUCUCGGAAUCUCAGGCAAGGUUUAAAACUACAGGUUUUACCUCAUUUGCUGCAUGAAAAUUCCUUAGUGAAGCUAGAAAGAAAUGAUGGCCUUGUUAUACAUAAUAGCGGAAAGCUUGUUCUGUCCAACAAGGUCCUAGCAAAGCUUGUUAUACGGUACAAGCGACAGAAUAGGAUUGAUGAGCUAUCAAAGCUUUUAUGCCGUAUCCAAACGGAACAGGGGUCAGUUGAAACAAACAAUUUGUGCUCUGAUGUUAUUGAUGCAUGUAUUCAUGUAGGGUGGCUGGAAACUGCCCAUGAUAUCAUCGAUGAUAUCGAACAGGAGGGUAACUUAGCAUGCACUGGUUCAUAUGAAUCACUGUUAACAGCUUAUUACGAAGAUAAGAAACAUAGGGAAGCAGCGGCACUGCUGAAACAAAUCAGGAAAGCUGGCAUAAUAAUAUCUGAUAGGAUGAGUAUCUUGAAUGUUUCUAUUAAAAGAUCAGAUUUGAUUACAUUUUUGGUCCAAGAAAUGAGAGAAGGGGAUGUAGACUGUUCGAUUUAUGAAUUAAACUCCUCAAUCUACUUCUUCAUGAAAGCCAAAAUGAUUGACGAUGCUUUGAAGACCUAUCAAAGUAUGCAAGGAAUGAAAGUCCAUCCUACUGUGGCAACUUACAUAUAUAUGGUCAUGGGAUAUUCUUCUUUAGAAAUGUAUCGUGAAAUCACUUUUCUUUGGGGUGACAUAAAGAGGUGUUCUAAUGAUGGAAGUCUAUUGAUUAAUAGAGAUUUGUAUGAGUUUUUGAUUCUUAAUUUCUUGAAAGGGGGUUAUUUUGAGAGGGUGAUGGAGGUCAUUGGGUGCAUGAAGGCACAUUGUAUGUAUCUUGAUAAGUGGCUGUAUAGAAGUGAGUUUCUAAAAUUGCACAAGGAUCUCUACAAAAAAUUAAAACCAUCCAAUGUUAGAACUGAGGCUCAAUGUAAAAGGCUUGCACAUGUGAAGGAUUUCAGAAAGUGGGCUGGCAUCGAUUGAGGUUGUUCAAAUUUUGAUGUCUAUUUUCUAAGGAAGACAACAUUGGCAUUUCUUACUUAUGUAUGCUGUUUGCCAAAGCACUUAGCAAGUUGUGAGAUCUUUAUGCAUUACAGGGAAGGCAUAAGGGUAAAGAUGGAACCUAAUGCAAUUUGUUGCACACAUGAAUGGAUUGAGUGCUUUUGAAGGUGAGGAUAUUUGUAUUUAUUCAUCACGAAUGACAUCUUUAAAAUGUAUUAGAGCUAAAUGGUAUGAAUUGCAUUUACCACC